AUGUUUAAUUAAUUAAUCUCUACCACCAAAAAAACUCAUAGGUCAGAUUUAUGAACUUAUUAGUCAACUCUUUCUCUCUCUCUUUCAACACCCAACUAGUAGUGUUUGAAUACAGAGAACAGUGAACCCAAAUUUUUAAGUUUUAAGUUGAUAGUACCACGGUGUAAAGAUUUAAGUGUGUGUUUUUUCUUCAUUUCUAAUUGAAAUCAAUCAGAUCAGUGGAAUUUAAUUCACCUGAACUCUUAUCUUUUGAAUUCCAGACCUGAAUCGAGGUUUUUGGUAUUAGUAUCAGAGUAGCUUGGCUUUGGUGAAGAUGGAGAGUUAUUUCCUUGAGGAUUUUGGGGAUGUAAAGCCCAAGAACUCAUCGGAGGAAGCACUUCAGCGAUGGAGGAAGCUUUGUUGGGUUGUUAAGAAUCCCAAAAGGAGAUUCCGAUUUACUGCGAAUCUCUCCAAGCGGAAUGAAGCUGACGCUAUUCGAAGAUCUAAUCAGGAGAAGUUUAGAGUUGCGGUUUUGGUUUCACAAGCAGCACUACAAUUUAUCCAUGGUCUGAAUUUGAUUAGUGAAUACUCUGUACCUGAGGAAGUCAAAGAUGCAGGUUUUGAAAUCUGUGCUGAUGAGUUAGGAACAAUAGUUGAAGGCCGUGACGUGAAAAAGCUGACAAUUCAUGGUGGAGUUGAAGGAAUUGCAGGCAAGCUUUCAACAUCACCAAGUAGUGGGAUCCCUACUUCUGAACAACUGCUGUGUAAAAGGAAAGAGAUUUAUGGUAUUAAUAAAUUCACAGAAAGCCCUGUCAAGGGUUUUUUGACUUUCGUGUGGGAAGCAUUACAAGAUAUGACCCUCAUGAUACUUGGUGUAUGUGCCUUUGUCUCUCUAAUUGUGGGCAUAGUAAUGGAAGGAUGGCCAAAGGGUGCCCAUGAUGGACUUGGAAUUGUUGCCAGUAUUUUGCUUGUUGUGUUUGUUACAGCUACAAGUGAUUAUAGACAAUCUUUGCAGUUCAAGGAUUUGGACAGAGAGAAGAAAAAAAUUGUGGUUCAGGUUACUAGAGAUGGGUGUAGGCAGAAAAUAUCAAUUUAUGAUCUACUUCCUGGUGAUAUCGUUCAUCUAAGUAUUGGAGAUCAAGUCCCAGCUGAUGGGCUAUUUUUAUCAGGGUUUUCUGUGGUUAUCAAUGAAUCUAGUUUAACAGGUGAGAGUGAGCCAGUUAAUGCUAAUUCUCAAAAUCCUUUUCUUCUGUCUGGAACUAAAGUACAGGAUGGGUCAUGCAAAAUGCUUGUGACUACUGUUGGGAUGAGAACCCAGUGGGGAAAAUUAAUGGCCACUCUCAGUGAAGGAGGAGAUGAUGAAACACCGCUGCAGGUGAAACUUAAUGGUGUGGCAACCAUUAUUGGGAAAAUAGGUCUAUUUUUUGCUCUUGUAACUUUUGCUGUUUUGGUGCAAGGACUGUUUAGUCGGAAGCUGCAAGAAGGGUCCCACUGGAGCUGGUCUGGAGAUGAUGCUAUGGAGAUUUUGGAAUUCUUUGCUAUCGCUGUCACAAUUGUUGUGGUUGCUGUCCCUGAAGGGCUUCCUUUGGCUGUGACAUUGAGUCUUGCUUUUGCCAUGAAAAAGAUGAUGAAUGAUAAGGCACUUGUGCGACAUUUGGCAGCUUGUGAGACUAUGGGAUCCGCCACUACUAUCUGUAGUGACAAGACCGGUACACUAACUACUAACCACAUGACCGUUGUUAAAGCUUGCAUUUGUGGAAGGAUCAGGGAUGUUGGUAGCUCUAAAGAAGCUUCUGAUUUGGGCUCUGAAAUUCCAGAUUCUGCUUUGAAAAUCUUUAUACAAUCAAUAUUUAACAACACUGGAGGAGAAGUGGUAACAAACAAAGAUGGUAAGACUGAACUUCUGGGAUCACCCACUGAGACUGCCCUUUUGGAAUUUGGUUUGACGCUGGGUGGUGAUUUCCAAGCAGAAAGGCAAGCUUCAACUAUCGUGAAAGUUGAGCCGUUUAAUUCUACAAAGAAGAGAAUGGGGGUAGUGCUAGAACUUCCUGAUGGUGGUUUCCGAGCUCACUGUAAAGGUGCUUCUGAGAUAGUUUUAGCUGCAUGUGACAAAGUUGUAGAUUUAAAAGGCGACGUUGUUCCCCUUGACGAAGCAUACCAAAAUAUUCUGACCAACACAAUUGAACAAUUUGCUAAUGAAGCUCUUCGAACUUUAUGUCUUUGUUACAUGGAAGUUGGAAGUGAAUUCUCUGCUGAUACUCCUAUACCCUCCAGUGGAUACACAUGCAUAGGAAUUGUAGGUAUCAAAGAUCCGGUCCGUCCUGGGGUCAAGGAAUCCGUUGCUAUCUGUAGGGCAGCUGGUAUAACUGUUAGAAUGGUUACCGGAGAUAAUAUAAACACUGCAAAAGCAAUAGCAAGAGAAUGUGGGAUUUUAACUGAGAAUGGUUUCGCUAUCGAAGGGCCAGAAUUUCGUGAGCUUAGUGAAGAGAAAUUAUUUGAAAUAAUUCCAAAAAUUCAGGUUAUGGCCCGUUCUUCACCAUUAGAUAAACAUACUCUGGUGAAACACCUGCGGACUACUUUUCAAGAAGUUGUUGCUGUAACUGGCGAUGGUACAAAUGAUGCUCCAGCACUACAUGAAGCUGACAUUGGACUUGCAAUGGGAAUUGCUGGAACUGAGGUGGCCAAAGAAAGUGCAGAUGUAAUAAUUCUGGACGAUAACUUCUCCACAAUAGUGACUGUGGGGAAGUGGGGCCGUUCAGUUUACAUAAACAUUCAAAAGUUUGUUCAGUUCCAACUAACAGUAAACGUGGUUGCCCUUAUUGUUAACUUUUCUUCAGCCUGUUUGACAGGAAGUGCUCCCCUUACUGCUGUCCAACUUCUCUGGGUCAAUAUGAUCAUGGACACGCUUGGAGCACUUGCAUUGGCCACAGAACCUCCUACCGAUGACUUGAUGAAGAGAAUGCCCGUUGGCAGGAAAGGAAACUUCAUCAGUAAUGUGAUGUGGAGAAAUAUCCUUGGGCAGUCUUUGUAUCAGUUCUUAAUAAUAUGGUAUCUGCAAACAAGUGGAAAAGUAACUUUUCAGCUCAAUGGUCCAGAUUGUGAUUUGAUAUUAAACACGAUUAUUUUCAACUCUUUCGUAUUUUGUCAGGCUUUCAAUGAGAUCAGCUCUAGGGAGAUGGAGAAGAUAAAUGUGUUCAAAGGCAUAAUGCAAAAUUAUGUGUUUGUGUCUGUGCUCAGUUGCACCAUCAUCUUCCAAAUCAUAAUCGUUGAGUUUCUAGGUACAUUUGCCAGCACAUCUCCUCUCAGUUUACAACAAUGGGUCGUUAGCGUUAUCCUUGGAUUCCUUGGAAUGCCAGUUGCAGCAGCAUUAAAGAUGAUUCCUGUAGGAUCUAAAUGAAUCUGUGGCAAACCAAGUACAAAGGUUCAUCUGGCAUAGCUGUUGAAGGAGGACUACUUGAUAACUUUCAGCUGCCACACCCUCACAAAAAAGAAAAGAAAAAGCUGCAGGUAAUACAAAGCUGUUUGUUGGUUUAGACGAUCAUUUGAGGGUAUUUUCAAACUUUGACUAACUUAGAUUUGAGCCCUCCUGCAAAAGUUUGCGUUAGGCAACUUGAAAUAGAAACUGUGUACAGACUUUUGAGGCACUUGGCAGUAUUAACAAAAAUACAAAUCUACUUAACAGCUUUUUGGAGAUGCUAGUCCAGAAGCGUUGAUGAGAUGAGCAAUUUUAAAAGACCUUCAAAUGAUUUUUCAGAUUC